GAUGUACUAGGUAUGCUGCAUUUCUGCCAAAGCAGUCAGCAGAGUCAUGUCAGAUGAUCCUGCUGAGGCUAAGAGACCCCUCGCUAGACCUCUACAGUUUCAACCUCAGUGUCAAGUGGCUGCUCAUGUCAGUGACUGCCCAGCUGCUAAGUGAAGGCCAACAAUCAGAGUACAAGAUCAUCUACGAUGCAGACAGCUACACAAUGUCACACGUAAUGAGAAACCCUCUGUCUGCAGUUAGGCAUUACCUCGACUUCGGACAGAAAGCAUCGGCCAUUAGGGUGGUGGAGAUCCACUUCAUCAAUUCAAGUUCAGUUGUAAAGAAACUCAUAUCACUAGUGAAACCAUUCAUGAACAAGCACAUCAUGAAAAUGCUACAUUUCCACACCUCUUCUGAUGCCUUCUUCAAAUCCCUUCCUAAGGAUCAGACUCCAAGUGAUUACGGUGGAACUGCACCCAGCUUGGAUGUACUUACAGCCGAAAACACAAAACGUGUAGAAGAGAUGAGAGAAGCCCUGCUUGCACACAACCAACAGAAAGUGGACGAAAGUAAGAGAAUUGGAAAGAAGAAGAAAUCUAAAGUGGAGGAAGACUUUAAAAAAUUGGAGAUUGACUAGUUGCUCGAAUCGUAAUUGAAGAUUUUAAAAGACAAAUAGUUUGAUCUUAAUUAAUUCUGUUAAGCUUUGACAACCAUGUACAGUACAUUGCUCAGUAAAUUUAUUUUCUAAUA